GAAGAACGAAUCUUUCCAUUAAUCAGGUCUAGGGAUAAUUCAGUAAUUACGACAGAACACCACUUUAGUUCUUGAAACUAUACCAUCUCCAAUGUCGAUAGCAACUUCACUCUCCUCACAGUAAAAAAAAAACAAAGAUAACAAUGGCGGAAACUGAAAGACCCCACCGUUCUUCAAGUAUUAACAGUAGCAGCAACGCAAGAAACGCUUCUUCAUCUUCUUCAACUGAUUUCUUCAUUUGUUUCACAUCUCGCUUCUCUUCUUCCUCCUCCAUGCGCCUCUCUUCCCUCAGCCCAGCUCGCUCCGCCUGCCUCACCACUUCUCUCAGCCGCCGUCUCCGUACUAGCGGCAGCAUAAAGAACGCUUCGGCCGGAGUUCUAAACUCUCCGAUGUUCGGUAAUAGCGGCGGACGUAAGAGAUCUGGAUCGGGUUACGAAAAUGGUAAUAAUAAUAACAACAUAGAGCCGUCGUCUCCGAAGGUGACGUGUAUCGGUCAAGUGAGGGUGAAGACGAGGAAGCACGUGAAGAAGAAGAUGAGAGCGAGAUCUAGGAGGAGAGGCGAGACGAGCAGCUUCAGGAGAUCGUCCUCCGACCAAAACGACAGAGGAGGGUGUCGUUUCGACGCGAGCGAGAACCGUUGGGUUCAUUUCCCCGUGACUAUCUGCGAGUCGUUGAGAUCGUUCGGCUCCGAGCUUAACUGCUUCUCCUCCUCCUCCUCGUCACCGUGUAGAUCUUCUUGCACGGGCGGUAGCGACGGGCGGCGUGGUAAGAAUAACGGCGGCGGGUGCGGCGGUGGCGGAGGAGGAAGCUCGUGCUUCACGCGGUGGUUUGUGGCGGUGGAGGAGACGGGAGGGAAGAGGAGGGAGAUAGAGCUUGUGGUUGGAGGAGGGGAAGACGAGGAGGCGGCGGAGGAUGGGAGGAGGAGGAGUCGCCGGAGGCAUGUUUUUGAGGGGCUUGAUUUGAGCGAGAUUGAGAUGAAGACGGAGGAGAGGAGAGGGAGGGAGGAUGUUGGGAUGAUUAAUCUCUGUUCUCCGCCGAAGAACGCUUUGCUGUUGAUGAGGUGUAGAUCUGAUCCGGUUAAGGUGGCUGCGUUGGCGAACCGGGUUCGGGAGAGGCAGAUGUCGCUUGAUGAGGGAGUGUGUGGAGGAGAGGAGGAGGAAGAUGAGGAGAGGAGGAGGUUUGAGCUUGACUUGGAAGACAAGAAGCGGAUCGAGUUGUGUGAGAAAUGGAUUUCUGGAGAGACUAUUGUCGAGAGAGAAGUAGUUUCUAUUACAGCACCAGAAGCUCCCAAAGAGGAAGAUUCAGAAGAAGAAGCUUCGAAGGUACAUGAGGAAGAGAUUGAAGCUAUGAUCAUCAAACACAUCGAAGACGAUCUCAGAAACGCUAUAGAGGAAGAAAAAGAAGAAGAGGAGCAUGUGGCUGAGAUGGAAGAAGAAGAAGAAGAAAGGAAAGAGGAGGAGGAGGUAGCUGCCUCUGUCACUGUGACUCCAAACGUGGAAAGAUCCAACCAAGGAAACAGAGAACCCGACCCGAGUCCGGAAGUGAUAAUGAGAGGAGAAACUAUGGAGAAAGAGAAGACGACGCCGUAUAAGGUGUUACCGGAUUGUCUACUGCUAAUGAUGUGCGAGCCAAAGCUAUCGAUGGAAGUCUCCAAGGAGACUUGGGUCUGCUCCACGGACUUCGUUAGAUGUCAACCGGGAAGACCUCCGGCGAAGAAGAUAACCGAAGCCACCGGAGAACAUCAUCACCAUCAUCAUCAACAGCCCAAGAAACGAAUCGUCACCGGCGUUGACUCCAACGCAUCUUCUCGCCGGCGUUCUGUCGAUAAACGACCUGUUCACCAUUCGCUGUUACAGCCGCCGAGGUCAUCGUGCUCGUACCCAGCUGCUCCGCCGUUAUUAACGACGGCUGCGUCGGUUAGAGAGCAGAAGGUAGGAGGAGGUAACAAGGCGUACGAGCCGCCGGUGCUGCCGCGUUGCAAGUCGGAGCCGAGGAAGUCGGCUUCGAAGCUUGCGCCGGAAGCUUGUUUCUGGAAAAAUCGGAAGCUCGAGCCGCAUCCUCAAGCUUCUGUCGGAGUCGGCGGCGGCGCCGGAGUAGGGUUCUAGAAGAAAGGAUUGAGUGGGAAUAAGAGAAACCAUUUGGGGUGUAAUAGUAAUUUCCGAGAAUUAUUUGUCCUUGUUUGUAAAUUUUGUUUUGUUAGUCACGAUUAAUUUCUUGCGCUAUUCCGAUGGUUUUUCAUAAAAAUCUGUAUCCUUCUUUUGUCCGUUAGUCUAAGGGCAACAUUAUUGGUGGGACUAAUUUUGAAGUCCUUAAUAUAGUUUAUUAUUAUUUGAUGUUAA